AUGGCUAAGAAGGUUGUCGAGAGCAGCGACGAGUCAGACGGCGGCCGCUCAAGCGCUUCAGGCUCCGUGAGCUCCCGCUCAGGCUCCGGAUCGGGAUCGGGCAGCGACUCAGGCAGCGGCAGUGGCUCCGACUCGGGUAGUGGCUCGGGAUCAGGUAGCGGCUCAGGUAGCGGCUCAGGAUCUGGAUCUGAUUCCGGUUCGGGCUCAGGUUCUGGCAGUGGGUCAGGCUCGGGCUCUGGCACGGGCUCUGAUGCUUCGGGCUCUGAUUCGCCUAAGAAGAAGCUUAAGAAGCGACGCUCACCAGCACCCAAGAAGCCAAAGGCCCCCACCAAGAGCAAGAAUCGUAGCAGCAACAAAGCGAUCAAAAAACAGGCGCAUGCUAAGGCCAAGGCAGAAGCGGAUGUGGAGGCUGAUGACGAAGGGGAUUCAAGUGGCAAGAAGCGACGCGGCAAGCUCCAGAUCAAGGAGGAAGACGAGGAAGACGAAGAUGACGACGCCGAUGUGGCUGGACUUACAGAAGUGGAGAAGGAGAAACGCUUAUUGGAGAAAUACGAAGCCAAGGAGCAACGUAACAAGGAACGCGAACUGAAGAAGAGACUCGCAGCAUCUCAAGGCAAAGCUGAGGACGGAUUCUUGGACGAGGAAGGCGAGGAAGAAGGGGAGCUCCCUUCACGACGUGGCGGACGCAGCAGGGAGAGUGACAGACGUAAAGAAGCUCUCCACAACUUGAAGGCUAACAAGUCAAGUGACAAGAGUCGCUCGAUCUUAAGCAACAGGUUCGGAGACGACGACAGCUCCGAAGAGGAAGGAGGCAGUAGAAGCGGACGCGACUUGGCGGAAAAGCGACGUCGACGUAGGGAACUACAACGUGGCGGCUCUGGACGACGUCGCAGUCAAGACGAUGACGACUAUAGUGACGAGGACAGUGACGGACGCAAGCCUAAGAAAUCGAAGGCGUCGAAUUCAACCAGCACGAAGCUUGCAGAUGAGGAAGAGCUGGCUGCUGCGAUUCGUCCAGAAGAGAAUGUGCCUGUGACGUGGGAUCAAGCCAAUCACUACUUGCUGAAGAGGAGAACGUUCUUUGAGAAGCACUUUUUCGAGCCCUUCUUCGCACAGCUGGUACGUGGCGUGUAUGUGCGCAUACCAAUCGAGAUGGUGGAUGGAGAGAUGGUCUAUCGUUUCUGUGAAGUCGUGAAUGUGUGCAAGAUGGCGCGCAGCUACACGUUUUGUGGAGAGACGACGCAUACAGGUAUCAUCUGUGCAUUUGGUAAGAGCAAACGUGAGUGGAAGUUGAACGGCGUGUCUGGCCAUUCACUACGCGAGCGCGAGUUCUUGUUGUGGCGAGCUGUGAUGAACAAGGAGCGUCUGCACUUCCCUACGCACGGUGAAGUGAAGCGCUUGUUCUCCAAGAAGGAACGUAUGGUCACCCAGCACAACUACACAGACGCUGAAGUGGACGAUAUGGUGAGACGUAAGCAGGCCGUGGGUCUUUCCACUGUGUCCUUGGGUGUUCAGCGAGUGCGCUUGGAGCGUGAUCUGCGUGCUGCUCAGGACAUGAAGAACUUCGAGAAGGCAGUGGUGCUGGAGGAACGACUGCAGAAAUUGCUGGCUAAGAACGAGGAGCGGAAGAAACACAACUCGGACGAUGUGCUCCGUAUCAACGAGAUCAAUCGACGUAACCGUGAGGCCAACAUCCAGCAGGAUCUUAACGCUCAGCAGCUGAACGAUGCUAUGAACCAGAAAAUGACGAGUGCCGAACGUUUGCAGUUCGUGCGUGCGAAUCAGAUGACUAUGUACAUGUCGAGGGAUAAGCUCGAGAAGAAUCUGGCAGAGGGCAAGCUGAUUCAGCUCCAGGAUGGACGUGUCAUGACGUCGAACAAGCUGCAUGUAGUGGAGGCACUUCCUGAUGAUCUUUUGGACAAGGUCAAGGGUGUCGGUGAGAAGAAGGCCACAGAUAAUCUAGAGAUCGAUAUUGAUCGCUUGUUGGCCAAGCAGCAGGAACGCAAGCAAAAGGAUGCCGAGCGGCUGGCAGCUAAACGCAAGGAACGCGAAGGUCAGGUAGAAUUCAUUGGCGCUGCCCCUACGAACGUACAGGAGAUGGCGAACGCUACCAUCCGUAUCAAGGAUGACGAUGGCUCGUGGAUGACACUGCGUUCACCUGCUGAGAUCAUGAAGGAAAAGAAAAACAAGACCGUCGUAUCGGACAAAGUCAAGGCUUCUCGCAAAGGUAUCACUGUCAAGGAAUACUUUGACCGUGUCAAGAAGAGACGUGUGGCUCAGUAAAGCUGCUCCAAUGGAGUACCGCGCUCUUUAUAUCCCUACAUGCGAAGGAUAUUGAACGAAAACCAAACAAAAAUGCACACUGCGCUAGAUGAAAGUCGACGUGUUGACUACAGUAGUGCUGUACGGUACCGAGUCCGCAUUAGUGCCCUCUAACUUAACGGGGUCUGGUUGCAACACUCAUAACAUACUCUAUCAUUACCAGGCUUUGACCUGUUCCCAGAGCUUCCGUCGUUCUGCCAGGUGCUUGAUGUGGGACUCCUCGAACCUCCCGACUGUGAUGUCGAACGGACAUUCCUGUGGUCGCUGGCCGAAAGCUCCAGGGUAGUGAGCCCACGGCCGCGCCUUCAUAUAAUACACAGGCUCCACGUCCGGUUUGAAGUGGAGAAUGCGGUCGCUGUUGAGGUAGAACAAGGGAACGUCGUCGUCUGGCACGCCGUCCUGAUGGAUCGGGAACACCUGAGCCAUGUCUCCACACAACGUCGAGUUCUUGGGACCGCCGUCUUCGACCUUGGUGCCUACAGCUCCGAUAGCGUGGUCCGAGAAAGAAUACUGCGUCUCGGCCAGUUCACUCGCGUAGAAGAACAAUUCCUUGUCGCCAUACGACGGAGGCGACGCGAUGUCGUUCUGCGCCACAAACGAGGCCAAGAUGGCUGUCGCUCGAGGAUGACGCUUCUUGUUCCACAUGACGAGAGACGAGUCCACUUGGUGUCCUGAACGGAGGUUGAACGAGUGGCUGCUGAGCAGGAAAUCGCUCGGACGAAAGCUCAAUUUGACGGGCGUCUUGUUCUCGACUGUGGCCUUGGGUCGUUCCAGUGUGGGCAGCGGUCUGAACGGAGUCACGUUGAAGCUGGCAAAGUAUUUCUGCUCCACGGAGAUGUCCGGCUUCUUCGACGCUCGUUCGGCCAUGAACCACCAGUCGUGACUGAUCCGAUCGUGCAUCAACAGGUUGCCCGUGGUCUUGAACUUGUCCGAGUCGAACAAGACGGUG